UGGUGUUUAUAAAAUGAGUAAAACAAAUAAACAUGAUAAAAACCAAGUGUCAUCGUCUGAAUUUUUUAAUAAAAAUCCCGAUUUAUUCCAAGUUAGUCCACGACCUGGAGGAUUUUUAACGCUUUUAGUUCCAACUAGAUCACAAGGAUGUUUACCGUUGGUAAAUAAAAAGGUGUCACGCAAUUCAUCGAUAGUCAACGAAAUUGAUUAUUGUAAAUAUAACGAUACGAUUCCGAUGUCCGUUACUACAUCACCAAGUAAAUUUUCUGUAAAACCACCCGAUGCUUUUUCAUGCCCCGUUAAAAUCCAAUCAAAAACGGCUUCUGAAUAUUACCCAAGUAGUACAUCAACUUCGGUGUCUUCAAAAACUGAAACAACAGAAAUCCAUCGACUAUCAAUGGAAAUGCUUGGGGUGACUAUUAGUUGUGUUAUGCAAAUAGCAGCAAAUUUGGAUGUGUCCAAAGAAACUUUAGAGGUCGCCAAAACGUAUUUAAGAUGUAUGAAAGAUGAAAAUGGAAACAAACCAAGAAAUAUUUUCGGUAUUUUAAAUGAAAUAAGGAAAUUAUUGCAAGAAAAAACGAGCGAUGUUGAUGACGAUGGUAGCCAAAGUUCGAUUGGAUCUUCUAUUUUUGAUAAUCCGACAAUUCCAAAUUCAAGCAACUACGCCCUCAUUCAAUACUCAGCAAUCAUUGCACACUCAACCGUCAACCAACACUCAGCAAUCAUUCAACACUCAACAAAGUGCUACAGAUUUGUUUCGCAACCUCAGUGAUCCAGGGUGAAGCAAAAUAAUUUAUAUUACCUACGAAUUUAUAAUAUUAUUCUGUUGUAUUGAUUUGAUGAGCCUAUUGUUUGGAAAAUAUUUUUGUACUACAUUUCUUGUGUAUUUUAUAAGUUAUUAACAAUAUUCAAUACCUUACCUUGAGAUCUUUUAAUGCCUUGUAAAUUGCGUCGCAUGUUUCUGGAAUUUUGGCGCUUAGGGCUGAUUUGGAAAUAAUUGUUGAAAAUUUCAAAUCCUCAUUACUUGCCAAAAAUCACGGCGUAUCUGAUAUCCGUUCGUGGGGGUUAAUAAUUUAAUAAUAAAUAUAAAUCAAUGAAAAAUACGGAACAAUUU